AUGGAGUCAUUCUCUUCCAUAUUGGGAGCUGGACCUGCCAGUGCUGAAUGCAAGUACGUAAAGAAAAAACUCAUAGGUACUGGCUCUUAUGGUGAAGCGUGGCUCGUUGAACGCGUGGAAGAUCAUUCUAUAUUUGUGGCUAAAGCAAUGAACCUGGGGAAAAUGUCCUCCCGUGACAAGCAGUAUGCUCACAGUGAAAUAAAGUGUCUGGCGAACUGCAAUCAUCCCAACAUUAUUAAAUAUAUUGAAGAUCAUGAGGAAAAUGGUCAACUUCUUAUUGUCAUGGAGUUUGCUGAUUCUGGAGAUCUUGAUCGACAGAUAAAGUCUCGUGCAACCGAUGGUUUUCGUUACUUCCAAGAACAUGAAGCUUUAUUUUUAUUUUUACAGUUAACCCUUGCUCUUGAUCACAUCCACAGCCACAAAAUGCUGCACCGCGAUAUCAAAGGAGCUAAUAUUCUUUUGACUUCUACAGGGUUAAUAAAACUGGGCGAUUUUGGUUUUAGUCAUCAGUAUGAUGAUACAGUUUCAGGUGUGGUUGCAAAUACUUUCUGUGGGACACCCUACUACUUGGCACCUGAGCUAUGGAAUAAUCAAAGAUACAGCAAAAAAGCAGAUAUAUGGUCAUUGGGUGUUUUAUUAUAUGAAAUUAUGGCUUUAAAGCGUCCCUUUACGGCGACAAAUAUGAAAGGUUUAAUGGCAAAAGUUUUGGCAGGCGAUUUUGCUCCUCUACCGGAGAAGUAUUCCACCGGAUUCAGAAGUCUUGUGCGAAGUAUCCUUGUUGUUGAUCCAAACCAACGACCUGGUGUUCGAGAAAUUUUUCAUAUGCCUUAUGUGAGAGAUGGUUUAAAAGUCUUUAUGCAAACUGUGAAGAAAAAUGUGCGUAUUGCAGGGCCUGUAAAAGAUGCCCUUAUAAGUCACGUAACAGAUAUUCUUUCCUCAGAGUCCCCACCUGAACCUAGUGGGGGAUUGGUAGGACAAAUCAACUUUGAUGUCACCUUCAGAGGUUAUGUGAAGAAAUUGGGAGGUGGAAAUGGACGCGUAUGGAAAGAACGGUAUUUGCAAGUUGUCCGAGGUCAUCUUAUCUUGUCGGACAAUGAAGCAGACCAAGAAGGAAAAGCACUGAGUCUGGAACAGGUUCAGAGUGCUUGUCCAGUGCCCAUCGGCACUGCUAAAAGAGAGUUUGUUUUUGCGCUCAACACUAUCGGCGGCAAGUCGAUGUGGUUUCAAGCGGGGUCCCAGGAAAACAUGGAAAUGUGGAUUCACGCAAUACAGCGGGGACUUGGAAUAUCUUGA